GUAGUUUCAUCUACAAAGUAAACACAAUUAUAUCGGGGCAGCUUGUAUUGAUUUUAAAUUUUAUUGUUGACUAAUUUAAUACGUACCAAAAAAAAUCGAAAUGAAUGAAGUUCGUAGUUUAAUAACUAAUUCUGCUAAUACGACGUUUACAUAUGAGGAAAAUAGUGAUAAGAAAAUGUGUCGUUUUGGAUUUUAUACCAAAAUGUUAUUAUGGCAAAAAAUUACUUUUUGGGCUUGUAUAGCAUUAUUCAUCGUAAUAUUCUUAGCAUUCGUGAUAAUAUGGGUUAUAUUUCCGUUAGUGUUUAUGAACCAGAUAUCAAUCCAGAGGUUUUUUAUAUUUUUCAAUUUUAAUGAUCCCAAAAAUCCAGACUUCAACCACCCCGAAAAUUAUGGUUAUAAAGGCGUAGCUAAUUUCUACCUUACAACAAAAAAUUCCAAAGAUGAUGAACUGUUAAGUAUAGGAGCUUGGUUAUUGAUACCAGAUAGUGAAAUCAACAAUACAGUCAUUCGGGCACAUAAUGCCCAAACAGUCAGCGAAUUGUUGCAAAAUACAAAAUAUCCUAUAGUUUUGUACCUCCACGGAGUAGCGUGUAAUCGAAUAAAACCUAUGGAAACGUAUAAAGUGUUGAGAAAAAAAUUUAUGUUAGUUGCAGUUGAUCAUCGAGGUUAUGGUGAUUCUGGUCCAAACGUAACUCCUUCUGAAGAAGGUAUAGUAAACGAUACUGUUCAAAUAUACAAAUGGAUUCGAUCACAGACAAAAAAUAACAUUUACGUAUGGGGACACUCUUUAGGAGGAGCCCUAGCCGUCCAUUCAGUUAAACGUUUGAAACUAGAAAAUAUUGUUCCAAUGGGACUUAUUCUAGAAUCAACUUUUACUACAAUCAGAGAAGAAAUUCCAGCUACACAAAUAGGAAAAAUGUUUUCAUGGUUAUUAUGGUUUGAAGCAACUGUUUUAAAUCCGCUUGAGACGAACGGAUUCCACUUCAAAUCUACCACAAACAUUCUAGACGUAGACUGCCCUAUAAUGCAUUUGCACGCCCAAGACGAUUUUGUUAUACCUUGGACGCUUGGUAAAAAGCUCAUUGAUGUGGCAAUCAAUGAAAGAGAGAUACCGCCCCAAGGAAAUGUUACUUAUCAUAUAUUUGGAAAAUUAGGUUAUGGGCAUACUGGUUUAACAAGUGAUUCAAAUAUUCCGAAAUUUAUUGAUUUUAAAUUUUAAUUUAAUGUUUUAGUGAAUUUAUAGGAUUAUGCAGGGAUCAAAAUAAACAGAAAGGAUAGUUUAGUUAGGACCCUUGAUAAAAUGAAUAAAUAAAAAACAAUACAUAAUUGUUACCAAAAAUUGUACAAAAUGUUUUAUUAAAAUAUAUUUUUGUAUCAAAUUUC